GAGGCCAAGGUACGAUGACUGGUCCUCAUGGCGCACUUGAAGCUUUCGAAGCUGGCGGGCGGCUAAGAUAGCUUGGUCAUGAUUGCUCUUCAUCGUGUGUGGUACCAUUUCGGUUCCUGACAAAAUCGUCCAUCAGAGCAGUUAAUACGAUUAACCAUGGAACGGUUUCGCACCACGUUUACUCUUAUUGACAACUCGCAUCCCCAGAGACGCCGUACGGUGCGUACAGAAGAAGCUAUUGCUACUGUAGAGCGUAGCAUUGAGGAAGACCCGAAUGAGUCCAUCCUCCAUCUAGCACAGGAACUGGAUCUGUGUCCAUUCACUUUAUGGAAGAUUUUGCGGAAGGAUCUUGGCUUGCGUGCUUACAAAAUCCAACUGGUGCAAGAAUUGAAGCCAAACGAUCACCAAGCAAGGCGUAGAUUCUUCGAAUGUGCCCAAAACGAGAUUGUCGUUGUUCCCGAUUUUCAUAAGCGAAUUUUGUUUAGCGAUGAAGCGCACUUCUGUUUGAAUGGCUACGUCAACAAACAAAACUACCGCGUUUGGAGUGAAGCUAAUCCUCAAGUGAGCUCUGGUUCCAACAAGACGGCGCAACAUGUCACACAGCUCGCGCCACUAUCUAUUUGUUGAAAGACACGUUUGGUGACCGCCUAAUUUCACGUUUUGGACCUGUAAAUUGGCCUCCAAGAUCUUGUGAUUUAACACCGCUAGACUACUUUCUGUGGGGCUAUGUAAAGUCAUUGGUCUAUGCUGAUAAGGCACAAACGCUUGACCAUUUGGAAGACAGCAUUCGCCGAUAUACGGCCGCAAAUGUUGGGAAAAGUCAUCGAAAAUUGAACGUCCAGAUUGGACUACAUCCGAGCCAGCCGUGGCGGUCAUAUGC